UCGGACAGAGAGACACUCCGUGUGUGUUGUACUGGGAGCGGCACCGAGGAGCUGACUAUCACUGGGCACUAUCACUGGGCACAGGAGCUGACCAUCUACUCCUGGGGAACUAUACAUUACUAUAUUGUCAGUCCAUGAGAGCUCCUGACCUGGGAUGUAAUCUGUCUUCAAUGGACAAUCUGAGGAUUAAGAUGAUGCUGAUGGUAAUUGUGCACUGCUGUCUGCUCGGGUCUCUUAUGGCAUCAGAUUUUCCAACGUUAAGUAUUAAGGAGAGUAAUCUGGUAAUACCUUCAAACAGUACACUAAACAUCACGUGCAGUGGGGAGCAGCCAGUAGAGUGGUGGUGGUCUGUAAACCUCAGCACUGAUGAUAAGCGUAUAUCCAUGAGUCAGUGUAAUGAGGAUGUCUAUUGCGAAAUCCUUGUGGUGAGAGAGAUCACAGCAAAUGACACUGGAAUAUUCAUGUGCUUCUACGAAGGAACUAAUGUUAACUCAACUGUUCAUGUGUCUGUCAUAGACCAGGAAUCUCCAUUUGUGCCAAAUGAUACCCCUAUUGUUGUGACCAUCCAUGGCACUGCUUCCAGCAAUGAAUCUGUCACCAUACCAUGCCUGGCCUCAAGACCUGAUCUCAACAUGACUCUGCGUACGAAGUAUGCAGACAACACGUUUGUUCCCAAUGGACGCAAUAUUCAGUGGCAUUAUCAGAAGGGGUUUACUAUCUCCAGUGGAUUGGUGAGGUUUGCGGAUAUGGUCUUCUGUGAGACAGCUGUCAAUGGAGAAACAUACAGAUCCCACAGAUUUAUUAUUGUAGUUCUAGAGUAUAUGAUCUAUAGACUGUCAAUGAAUCCAUAUCCUCAGAUCAAACUGGCUGUGGGGGACAGGUUGGAAAUAACCUGCAAAGCUCACAUGCCAUUAAAUGUCAGAGCCCAAUUCAGCUGGGACUAUCCUUCAAUGAUGGAUAAUGGAGUUGCGCAAGGUAAACUCAAUUCUGCACCGAGCGAAACGGAACAGUUAAGUACACUAACCAUAGACGAGGUAACUUUGAGCGAUGGAGGGAAUUACAGCUGCACAGCAGAUACAACAAGAAUGAAUAAGACUAACAGCACCACAGUCAUUGUGUAUGAAAAACCCUUUAUAUUAAUUGAUGACAACACGGAGAAGGUGUUCAUAGUGAAAUCUGGAGAUCGUGUCAAGAUACCAGUAAAAUUUACAGCAUUUCCUGAUCCUGAGGCCAAAUGGAUUAAAAAUGGUAAACUCUUUCACAAUCACAAAACGCCAUACCUGCUGUCUAUCAAUGAAUGCAGUGAAAGGGACUCUGGCAAUUAUACAGUUGUUCUUACUAACCCACGGACAAAGGAUAAUGAGAAGUACAGUUUCCAGCUCAUUGUGCACGUCCCUCCAAACAUAUGUGAAAAGGCAGUAUCUACUUCUGUGGAAUCAAUUAAGUUUGGCAAACGUUCUACCCUAACUUGUACUGCAUCUGGGAUUCCAGCACCAGUUAACAUCCAGUGGACAUGGCAGCUGCUGGACGAAUGCAUCUCAUCAUCUCAAGUGCACAGUGAAAAGAGGAAUACUUACAGCUGCCCAAGUUGGAGGAAUAUUCUGGACAAACAUGCAGGCAAUACAGUUGAGAUGCAUAAAACUAAUACAGAUGUCAUAGAAGGAAAAAUAAAGACUGUGAGUAAGCUGUUUAUUGCAGCAGCUAAUGUUUCUGCAAUUUACAAAUGUACAGCAACAAAUGAAGCUGGAAAAGAUGAACAUAUUGUUGCUUUCCUUGUUACACGGGAGCUUAGCAUCAGCAUGAGCCCUGAAGGCAAGCUCACCGAAAGGGACAACUUGACCCUCAGAUGCAACGCUGAUAGAGAUACAUAUGAGAAGCCCACCUGGUUCAAGUUGCGCUCUGCUAGACCAGGCUUAAAAGUCAGCUGUGAAAACUUGAAUGCUUUCAGUAAAAUGGAAAUGGAUUCCACCAUUGUGGAUACAGAUGGAGUAAAUAUCACCUCGGAGCUGUAUUUACAAGACAUCUCUUGGCGUGACCAGGGUGUCUAUAUGUGUAAGGCAUAUAAUAGGAAGAUGCAGAAGACUGAAUGUUCUACCACAGAAAUAAACAUUCUUGCACUGAAAGUUCCCUUCAUUUCCCCUGAACUGAAGAAUCAGACUACCAAUAUUAGUGAGACGGUGGAGGUGCGCUGCCAAGCCGCUGGUACUCCUGAUCCAAGGAUCGUUUGGUUCAAAAAUUCCCAUGCUCUGGUUGGAGACUCAGGGGUUAUAUUAAGGGACCGUAACAGAACCUUGACUAUACAACGUGUAAGAAAACAAGAUGAAGGGUUUUAUUCCUGCCGAGCCUGCAACGAUUUGGGUUGUGCACAAGCAGAAAUGUACUUUACAGUGAAUGGCUCUGAAGAGAAAACAAAUCUGGAGCUCAUUAUUCUGGUUGGCACCGGUGUGAUUGCCUUGUUCUUUUGGAUGCUUCUUGUAAUCAUCCUCCGGACCGUAAAGAGGCCCGAUGAAGGGGAACUCAAGGCUGGUUAUUUAUCUAUAAUUAUGGACCCUAGUGAAGUACCACUUGAUGAACAGUGUGAAAGACUACUCUAUGACGCAGUACAUUGGGAGUUUCCAAGAGAUCGCCUCAAUUUAGGGAAACCCCUUGGUCGUGGGGCUUUUGGGCAAGUUGUGGAAGCCGAUGCUUUUGGAAUCGAUAAAACUGGCACUUGCAAAACCGUUGCAGUGAAAAUGCUGAAAGAGGGCGCAACUGAUAGUGAAUACAGAGCAUUGAUGUCAGAGUUAAAAAUCCUCAGUCAUAUUGGUAAUCAUCUGAAUAUUGUGAACUUGCUUGGAGCCUGCACCAAACCAGGAGGUCCACUGAUGGUAAUUGUUGAAUACUGCCAAUUUGGAAACCUAUCUGCAUAUUUAAGAAGUAAAAGGAAUGACUUUGUUCUGUACAAGACCAAGUCUGUGAGGUACAGACAGGCGAGACAGCACUAUGUGGAAACACCUAGGGAUCUAAAGAAGAGACUGGACAGUAUUGCCAGCAGCCAGAGCUCAGCUAGUUCUGGUUUUGCAGAAGAGAAAUCUCUGAGUGAUGUGGAGGAAGAAGAAGUUGAAGAGGUUUGCAAGAACCAGCUCGGCAUGGAGGACCUCAUCUCAUACAGCUUCCAGGUGGCGCGUGGCAUGGAGUUUAUGGCCUCACGUAGAUGCAUUCAUCGGGAUUUGGCAGCUCGUAAUAUACUUCUGGCUGACAACAAUGUGGUCAAAAUCUGCGACUUUGGCUUGGCACGUGAUGUCUAUAAAGAUCCAGAUUAUGUACGGAAAGGGGAUGCUCGUCUUCCUCUCAAAUGGAUGGCACCAGAGACCAUUUUUGACAGAGUCUACACAACACAAAGCGAUGUGUGGUCAUUUGGGGUCUUGCUAUGGGAAAUCUUCUCAUUAGGUGGAUCCCCAUAUCCUGGUGUCCAGAUUGAUGAAUAUUUCUGCAGAAGGUUAAAAGAGGGGACACGGAUGAGAGCUCCAGAUUACGCAACUGUGGAAAUAUAUCAAACAAUGCUGGACUGCUGGCAUGGAGAUCCCAUACAGAGACCCACCUUUACUGAACUAGUGGAACAUCUGGGAAAUGUUUUGCAAAGAAAUGUGCAAUUGGAUGGAAAAGACUACAUUCCAAUAUUGACUUUGAACAUUGAAGAAGAUUCAGGUCUCUCAAUGCCGACCUCACCUGUUUCCUGUAUGGAAGGAGAGGAAAUGUGUGAUGCAAAAUUCCACUAUGACAGCACACCCGGAAUACGGAUAAUCCAAAACACAAAGAGAAAUAGUCGGCCUGUCAGUGUGAAGACAUUUGACGACAUCCCUGUAGAGCCCGCAGUAAAAGUAGGCCCUGAUGAUAACCAAACAGAUAGCGGGAUGAUACUUGCAUCAGAAGAGCUGAGGACACUGGAGAACACACAAACGGAAGCAGAGUUAUUUAGUAUUCUGAUGCCAAGUAAAAGCAAAGAAUCGGUCACAUCUGGAUCCUCAAACCAAACCAGUGAUUACCAGUCUGGAUACCACUCAGAUGACACGGAAACUGCACACGACACUAAUGAAAAAACACAGCUGCUAAAAAGGGAAAGUUCACUUGAUACCUGCUACAUGGAAAAAAAAACACAUCAAGCUGUUAUCGAACUGAGCACUGAGGUAUAGACACUCAGAACUGUUAACAUCACACAAUGCACUAAUAGAGACUGAACGAAUGGAAAUCUACUCUACAUGAGCACCAUUGAAGGACAGUAUUUCAGUUCUCUACAGAACAAAGUCCCCUGGAUGUUUCAGUACCAAGUCAUAAAUAGCUUGGCCUCAAAAAUAUUGAAAUUUAAAAAUGUUUAUACUGUUACAGAAACAGGGUAUGGAUCACUGGGAGCCAAAUGUCAUAUCUGGACACUGAGUGACUCACAGAUAGAUUUCCUAAAGACUUGUGAGGUUGGUAGGGUACCUGCAUGCCUUAUAUUAAUGCCAAGCCUGGGAACAGAUCUGCAAUUGUUAACAGCAGUAUGGAUUUAUAAACAGACUCAGCCAGAACAUCACUAAUGGAACUGAACUGGGUUCUAUGGAAAUCUAAAUAUGAUAAUAAUGUUACAUACAGAAUUUUGAAUGUUAUUGACAUGUAAUUGUACACCUGAUUACAGAUAUGCCACAUCUAUUCCAGUAUUCAAUGGAUACACAUUACAGUACUGUGUAUCCUUGUUUGAGACAAUUGUAAAAAAUUGUUUCAUAGAUGAAACAAAAAUAACUUCAGUUUGUGGCCCUAUCUGAAGGUCCUUUUGAUGGCACGAAAAGUAUAUCUUGAUAUCUGUGCUGUAAAUAUGAGAUCAUCCCAAUAAUGAGGCUUGUAACACUUAUUUUAUACAAAGCCUGAUGCCACUCAACUGGUGGCCCUCAAGAAACUUUGAAAGUCUAAUUUUGACUGGACAGUGUAGUCAAAGGUUCACUGUUGAAUAAGCCCAAUUCUAUGUCAUUUGAAGAACAGGAGUCAAUAAAUAAUACACUGGCUACAUGCUAUAUAUAAGUUGCCAAAGCUUGGUCUAUUAAUGAUGUUUUAUGCCUGGGCAAUAUGUAUUGUAAUAAUACACAAUAAUUUAAUAAGAGGCGUGUAACAUAUGGAGCUAACUCUGCAGUAACUGUUUUGUUUUCUGUAUUCAAAAAUGCAAACCUGGCACCUUAAUACUAUGCAAGCUUAGUUUUUACAGAUUUACGGGUCUAAAAAAGUGUGUAAUACCCAUUAUGCACCACCUUAUACCAUCAUCAAGAACCUACUUGGGUGACACUGGAUAUUGUCUCACUAGGGGGCAAUACAAAUGGUUUAACAUUUAAAUAUAUAUACACUUAGUACUAAACUGAGAUCUGUGCCUUUUUUUUUACAGCCACACUUUUAGGGGUUGAUCUGCAAAAGGACUAGAACAUAUUUAAACUGAAAACUCACUUUGCAAAGAAUACCCAAUCAAGUGCGAGGAAAAAUAAAAACAGAGGAUUUUUUUGCUUGUAUAUGAUUGGCUAAUUUAUGUCAGCAGAGCUUCACUUCAUUUACUAAGCUAUUGAAAAAUUCCACUGAAAGUGAAAAUUCACUUUAUUAAGUGAACAGUCUAAAUCAACCCCAGAGACACACACUCACACACACUUAUCACAUGCA